AUGGAUACCGAGGAAAACGGAUUUUUCAUAGUCCAGACCGGUCAGGUGCCCUCCAAGACCUGUGUCUUAGAUGAAUUCAGCGUAGAAAAUAAUUCAUCUCCUCUUAUCGGCUGUGGUGUAGAGUGUAAUAAAAGGCAGUAUUGCAUCGGAAUGGAUCUAAUUACAGAUGGAACAAACUUAUGUCGGCUUCUAUCAGGUUUUGGGAGCAUUAUCCCAUCUAUUUCGGCUAUUAAUCAGUGCACUCGUUAUCAAAAGUCAAAUGGGAAUCGAAAAGGACGAGACUUUUACUGCAGUAGAACAUUGAUGAACGGCGCGACUGUUUCCACCAUAUGCCACCAAGACACUUAUCUAUGGACGAUAAUUCAACGAAGAUUAGAUGGAUCCGUUAAUUUCAAGCAGAACUGGGUCCAAUAUCGAAUAGGGUUUGGCACACGUGACUCCGAAUUUUGGCUAGGUAAUGAAAACAUACACCUCCUAACAAAUGAGGGAUAUACACACCUUAGAAUUGAACUGAUGGAUCAUGACUGUGUUUGGAAAUAUGCAGAGUACAGUAGCUUCUAUACAGAAGGAGAUGGUACACAAUACAGAUUACACGUAUCUGGCUAUUCUGGAGAUGCAGGGGACAGUUUUCUCUACCACAACAAUAUGUACUUCAGUACUUUCGAUAACGACAACGAUAAAAACUCUGGUUACAACUGCGCCCUGGGUAGACUUGGAGGUUGGUGGUAUAACACAUGUCAUAAGUCAAACCUGAACGGUGAGUACAGCAACACGGACUACUCCAACGGCAUCAACUGGUACGCCUGGAAAGGGUUCUAUUAUUCCAUGAAGGAAGUGAGAAUGAUGAUAAGGAAACCCUGA